AUGAAGUUACUAUAUAAAGAAGACCCACGAACGUUGGUAUUACAUUCAGAUACUUUUAGUUUAUCAUUCCGAAUCAAAGAACGUGACCCCAAGAAACCAACAGUUAAUGUCGACUUGAUUCCAAACCCCAACAUCACCAAAGAGCAAGGUUAUAGAACAUUGAUAAGACGGGACGUUUUUGGCUGUUUAGGAUUAAUACACGUGGAAGACCAAAUAUAUCUUGCAAUCAUUACUGGAGCCAUAACUAAUGUUGCUAGUCCCAUCGAAAAUGAAACUGUUGAUAAAAUAUAUUCAGUCGAUUUUGUAUCUUUAAAUAACGAUGAUUGGGAUUUUGUGGAAUUGGAUAGUUCAGGGUAUCCAAUUGGAGACGAAGAUGAUACUGCUCGAGUGCAACAUCCAUGUUUUGAAUUACGAAAACUAUUAUCGAAUGGAUCAUUUUAUUAUUCUAACGAUUUCGAUUUAACGUCUUUGUUACAAAAUAGAGGAGUUGGCAGUCCUGAUUCAAUUGAUCAUUAUAAACCAGAAUAUAUGUGGAAUUCAUUUUUAAUGGAUGAAUUGAUUCAUUUCCGAUCCAAUUUAGACACUUACAAUCAAUUGAUUCUUGAUGAUAAUCGAUUUUUAACUACUGUGAUUAGAGGAUUUGCCAAAACAUCACCUAUUGGCAAUCAUGGUGAUUCAUUAACGAUUAUUUCCAAACAAUCUUGGAAACGAGCUGGGACAAGAUACAACACUCGAGGUAUUGAUGAUAACGGCAAUGUUGCCAAUUUUGUGGAAACAGAAUAUAUUUAUUAUAAUCCAUCGAAAUCAUCAAUUUUCACCUUCACCCAAAUUCGAGGUUCAGUGCCCACAUUUUGGGAACAAGAUUCAACUUUAAUAAACCCCAAAAUCACUCUCACAAGAUCUUUACAAGCGACACAACCAGUUUUCAAUAAACAUUUCAGUGAUAUUCUUCAGAGUUACGGGGUAUGUCAUAUUGUCGAUUUACUUUCGAAAACUAAAUCGUCAGAAGUACAAAUAUCGCAAAGAUAUCAACAACUUUAUAAUCAUUGUGACAAAAAAGAAGAGAUCGAUUACACGGCAUUUGAUUUCCAUCACGAAACAAAAAUUGCUGGUGGGUUUGCUGGGGCUACAAAAAUCUUACCAUUAUUACAAGAUUCAUUAAAUCUGUUUGGGUGGUUUACUUAUGAUAUGAAUAGCCAAGAAGUUAUCACUCGUCAAGAUGGGAUUUUCCGUGUAAAUUGUUUGGACUGUCUUGAUCGUACUAAUUUAAUCGAACAAGUUAUUUGUCGAUCAGUAUUGGAGAAUAUUUUAACGAAUCAAGGGAUUUACAACAAUCGUAUGGCAUUUGAAGGAAUGAUUCAAAAACACAACACUUUAUGGGCCGAUAAUGGUGAUGCCAUAUCGCAAAUUUAUACUGGUACAAACGCCUUGAAAUCAUCAUUCUCGAGAUCAGGGAAAAUGAAUUUUGCUGGUGCAUUAUCUGAUGUAACUAAAUCAGUUUCAAGAAUGUAUCAAAAUACAUUUGUGGAUGGGAAAAAGCAACUGACAAUAGAUAUUUUGGUGGGAGUCGACGGAAGAAAUUCUCGUAAAGUUAAAGUCUACAAUCCAGCAAGUGAAUACAUCAAAACUAAGUUAAAAGAACAAGAAAGUUCAUUUACAAGUUUUGAAAAUAUUAAAAUAUUUACUGGUACUUAUAAUGUCAAUGCAUUUAACCCUAAAACCAUCGAUUUAACUUCAUGGUUGUUUCCUCAAGAUGGAUCAUUACCGGACAUGUAUGCCAUUGGAUUACAAGAAUUGAUUGAAUUAAAUGCCAGUUCAAUUUUAAAUGCCGAUGGCACCAAAGCAUCACAAUGGGCACAAUUAUUAAAUGAACAGUUAAAUUCUUUUCAAAUAGAUGAAGAAUAUGUUUUGUUAAGAACAGAAUCAAUUGCUACCAUGGCAUUGUUUUUGUAUGUCAAAAAAUCCAAAGUAUCUUAUGUGACUAGAGUUGCUGGAUCGUCGAAAAAAACUGGAUUAGGAGGUAUGGCUGCCAAUAAAGGUGCUUGUGGAAUUAGAUGUUUAUUUGGAACUACUUCAUUUGCGUUUGUGACAUGUCAUUUAGCUGCUGGUACAUUGGCAGUUACUGAAAGAUAUAAUGAUUAUUCAACGAUAAUGCAAGGGUUGGUUUUCCCACGUAAUUACUAUAUCAAAGAUCAUGAUCAUGUUAUUUGGUUUGGCGAUUUAAAUUAUCGAAUUGAUAUUGCUAAUUUAGAAUGUCGUCAGUUGGUUGCCAAUGGAGCUUAUCAAGAAUUAUUAGAAAAUGAUCAAUUAACUCGUGAAAGAAGAGAUCGGGGUGCUUUCAGUGAAUUCAAAGAAGGAUUAGUUAAAUUCCCGCCCACUUAUAAAUUUGAUAAAUACACUAAUGAUUAUGAUACUAGUGAAAAGCAAAGAACUCCAUCAUGGACUGAUCGAGUUUUAUUCUUAAGUGAUAAAAAAGCUAGUCCUUUGAAAUUGUUAAAAUACGAUUCUGCUGCAGAUGUUUUAUAUUCCGAUCAUAAAGCCGUUUACGCAAGUUUUGAAACUACGGCCAGAAUUAUUAAUGAACAAGUGAAAAAGAGUAUCUUGAAUGAGAUUAUCCUGUCUUUAGCACUUAAGAAAAUAACACCAUCUCCAUCUCCAUCACCUGCUCCAUCAACAACAGCAACAAUAUCAAGUUCAUCAAAUUUAACGAGAUCUUCAACUUCAAUCAUGACACCAACUCCAGUGUCAGCUGCAAGUAGAGAUUUAAUCCAUGGAUUGGGUCAAACAACAACAACAACUCCACCACCACCACCACCAGCAAGACGUGCCACUACAACUAUCCCACCAAUUGGGUUUUCUUCUACUCCAUUAAUUCCUUCCCCAUUGAGUUCACCAGCGCCGUCGGAAAAGAAACACGACGUAAAACCAAUUCCACCAAUGAAAAGAAAUACCACAUUAAAUGAUAUUAAACUGCCAUCACUAAACAGGGGUUCCAAAGAUGACACCGAUAUAGAUACAGUGAAGAAACUUGAUGUUAAACCCAUGGUUCCUAAAAAACCCGAAAAUUUGAAAUCAACUCAUAAUAAUCAACUUGAAAAACUGGAAACCAAUGGGAAUACCAAUGGAGACAGUAUAGUAGCACCAAAAACAAUGGCUAGCUGGCAACCAUUAGUUCCUGGUCGUAAAUAG